AUGUCGGCCGUCACUCUGCAGCUAGUCUUUGCGCUUUCCCUCCUCAACAAGUUCGUCCUAGCAGAUAAUGGCAUGGAUAUGAGCAUGGAUGGUGCCAUGUCGCUCACGGCUGGCCACAUGAUGCUACCAUACCUCCAUUUUACACCUGGAGAUACCAUAUGGUUUUUUGGAUGGGUACCACAAAGUAAAGGGGCGAUGGUCGGGGCAUGCAUUGGGCUAUUCCUUCUCGCUUUAGUUGAUAGAUGGCUGGCGGCUAUUCGAGCCAUGGCAGAUAGUUACUGGCGUCAGAGAGGUCGAGUUAUUGCCAGCAAUAGACUUAAUUCGGCCAAGACGAGCGAUGCCCAGAAAUCAGUGCUUAACCGAGCUCUUCCUUUCCGAUACAUCCCUCCAUUUAUCCUCUCUCACGACGUUGCAAGAGGUAUAUUGCAUGCCGGGCAAAUGGCUUUGUCGUUUGCGUUCAUGUUGGUCGUGAUGACGUAUCAAGUGGCUUUCAUCUUAUCUAUUGACCAAGUCGGUCAGAGCGAACCUUGUCCUCGAACGCUCUCCAUCUACCGCUAUCGAUUUUUUAUUGGCGGUACUACAUUCUCAAGGGCCAGGGAAGAGUUGAAAAUGGCAAAUACAGGGACUCCUCCCGUUAUUCCAAUUGAAUUUCAACAAUACAACUCAUAUGUUGUUGAUCCACAGUGGCAACGAAAGUUCUCGAUAAUCUGGCCUUGUGUUCUUGCUGGAUUUAUCUUACUGUCACUACCGCACCUUGUGCGAUCAAUCAAGAACGGUCGCGCGUACUCGACAUUCUUUGGAAUAUCGGAAGAUUUAUCCGGUGUCGAAUAUUCGGCUCUUGCUCUGGCCGCUGACCAUUCUAUGAAGAGGCGGCCAUCGACGUCCAUUUUCACUAAGCUUGAGAAGCUAUUUGGACUUCUAGGGUCUUUUUUCUAUUGGACUCUGCCUGGAUUCGCGUUGAAUGCCGGACAAAUUGUUAUCGUCACAGCCUAUGUGGUGACAGUAGUGCUAUGUAUUGUUCUUGAUGCGCCGCUCAUCAGCAACUCGAAUCGCGCCGGUUUCAUCGCGCUCGCGCAAUUUCCCGUUGUUUUUUUGUUUGCCACUAAGAAUUCCGUCGUUUCCCUGCUUUUGGGUCCCGGAAACGGUUAUGAGAAGCUGAAUUUCAUCCAUCGGUGGUCCGGGAGAAUAAUGUUUCUCGGAGGCCUUCUGCAUGGAUCCUUAUGGAUUCGAAACCAUUUGCAGUACAACAUCCCUAUCAUCGGUCAGCAAAAGGAGACUUCUGGAAUUGCUGCUUUCGGGCUGUUGAGCGUAAUCGUUUUAACCUCGCUUAGACCCGUUAGGCGCUUUUGCUACGAGGUCUUCUACAUUCUACACAUGCUCUCAUUUAUCGCAUUUUUCGUAACUAUUUGCUAUCACACGAUCUACGCGUCACCUUGGAUAUUCCCUCCACUUGCUUUCUAUGGCUUUGACAUCCUACUGCGAAUGUUCCGCCACCGAAUUAAGGACGCCGUCCUGGUCCCAAUAGACAGUCAGAUGACACUGAUCCAUGUUCCUUAUUCAACGUCUGGUUGGAUAGCAGGCCAACAUGUUCGUCUGCGCGUGUUCUUCUCGGGCCGGAUCUUCGAGUCCCAUCCCCUCACCAUAUUCUCCGCACCACCUGAGAUAUCCUGCAUUACGUCGAUGCCUCAAGGAGUCUCUUUUGGCGUCCGAGCGUGUGGCGACUGGUCCAAGGCGCUCAACCGAUAUGCGAUGCAGGCAGUUGCCGAGCUUCAAGCGGAGCUUUGCGAAAAGCCCUCGUCUAAACAGGAGAGCGAAAAGUCUGCACCGACUGAGGCGCCCAUCCAAGUCAUGCUCGAUGGCCCAUACGGUGGGUGCAGCGUCGAUCUCGGAAAUUACGAGACUGCGUUGUUAUUUGCUGGCGGAACAGGCGUGACGUUUACGCUAGGGCUACUUGAUGAUAUUGUUGGGCGGUGCGUCAGGCUGGGGCGCAAGAACGGCGAGAUCACCAGGCGCAUCGAGUUCACAUGGUGUAUACGGUCAUUCGGAUCGAUAGAAUGGUUUGCCCCUGCACUGAUGGAUAUCGCCAAUAUGGCCGCGCUUUCCUCCAAGUCGGCCAAUCCAAUAGAACUUCACAUUUCAAUAUACGUUACGUGUUUGUGUAACCCGGAGGCAAUUCCUCCCAUUCCCAACUGCGACGUAACGAUUAUUCGCCCUUCGGUAUAUCGCAUCCUCGCCGAUAUCACAACACCUCCGCGUCUUUCGUCUACGGCGAAGUCGGAAACUGGCGAUGAAUUGCCGCCCAUAGAUGUUGAGAAGAGACAGUCUGCGGUCACGGAGCCGGACUCCGAGAUUGGUGAAAGUUUGGGAUCCAAGUUGUCAUGGAUAGAGAACGGGGGUGGUCUCGCGGUGUGUGCCAGUGGACCACAGAGUUUGACGCGAGAGGCGUCAAAUGCAGUGGCUCGACUACAGAUGUCAGGUCGUGGACUUCAGAUCGGAAAAAUCGGUUUCCACUCUGAAGUCUUCACGUUAUGA